AUGGAAAAGGAACAACCACCCCCAUCAGGGGGUACCCUCGACGUUGACAUAGUCAAGGUCGGAUCCAGCCCUGCAGCUCGCGAUGUGGACCUGGGUCAAGUUCUCGAAACGAACAUCACUCCUGAACUGGCAAGAAAGGUUCUCUGGAAACUUGAUGUCUAUCUUAUUCCCCUGAUGGGAUUUUGUUACAUGCUUCAGUACAUGGACAAGCUAGCCCUUAGUCAAGCCACGUUAUUCAACCUGACAGAGGACUUGGGUCUCCAUGGUACCCAAUACAAUUGGGCGUCUGCAGUCUUUUACUUUGGAUAUUUUGCGUGGAGUUGGCCCAGUUCUUACCUCAUUGUUCGCCUCCCCCUUGGCAAAUAUUUGAGUCUCGCGGUCUUCCUUUGGGGUGGCAUUCUCAUGUGCCAUGCGGCUUGUACUUCUUUCAGCGGCCUCAUGGCCGCACGAUUCUUCCUCGGGGUAGGAGAGGCAUCUGUUGCUCCUGGAUUUGCCUUGAUCACUGGCAUGUUCUACAAAAGAGAGGAGCAGCCUGCCCGGCAGGCAGCCUGGUUCAUUGGGAACUCCGUCGCCUCCGUGGUCGGUGGCCUGGUCGCGUAUGGGAUUGGAUUGAUCCAUAACAACACGGUGAACAGCUGGCAGCUACUGUUUUUGGUAUUAGGGGCCAUCACUGCGGGCUAUGGAUUGGUCCUUUUUGCCUUCCUUCCCGACUCGCCGGCCAAGGUGAUUUUCUUCAACAAGACCGAGAAAUCAAUCGCGAUCCAGCGAACUCUGAAAAACAAGACCGGUGUGAUGGAUGCAGGUAAAUUCAGAUGGGGUCAGGUCAUUAUGGCGAUCAAAGACCCCCAGACAUGGUUCCUGGGGCUCUAUACACUUUGUGUCAACUUUUGCAAUGGCGGGAUUACCAGCUUCUCUUCCAUCAUCAUCGCUGGAUUUGGGUUCUCAAAUCUCAAAGCUCUUCUGAUCCAAAUGCCUAUCGGGGCUGCUCAACUGGUCUUCCUCCUUCUGACUUCGGGCUUUGCCACGCUGGUUCAACAAACGCGAAUUUUCAUGAUGAUGUUGAAUACAGUCAUCUCAAUGAUCGGCAUGAUUCUUAUCUGGAAACUAGACAGCGACAGCCGGGCCGGCAGGAUGACCGGUCUUUGUUUGGGCGCAGUUUUUGCGGCCAACAUUCCUCUAUCGUUAAGCCUCAUUAGCUCAAACGUUGCUGGUUUUACCAAAAAGAGCACCGUCAGCGCCUUGAUGUUUGUGGCAUACUGCAUUGGUAACAUUGUGGGUCCUCAAUUUUUCAUCCCUUCAGAGAAACCUGGGUAUCCGACCGGUAUCAAGGCAGCCAUGUCUGGUUUGGUAUUUGGCAUCUUCUUCCUGAUCUGUCUCUAUAUAUUUUACGUGGGGGAGAACCGUCGACGAGAUCGGCUGUAUGGAUCCCCAAGGCAGUUGACCGAGGCCGAGGAAUUACAGGAUGAGCUAUCCAAUAAGACGGACCGUGAGAUAGAGAGCUUCAGAUAUGUUCUGUAA